AUGGCUCGCCUAAAGCUGAAGAAGCUGGAGGAGUAUUUGCAGUGUGUCGAUGGCUUUGAGCAGCCAAAGAUUCUGCUGGAACAGUAUCCAACACCACCCCACAUAGCUGCAUGCAUGACGCAUCACAUGCAAGCGCAGCACGACGACAUUGAGGGAAAGCUUGUGGCUGAUCUGGGAUGUGGUUGCGGUAUGCUCAGCAUUGCCGCCACAUUACUUGGAGCGCAGCUUACUGUUGGCUUCGAACUCGACGACGCUGCCGUGGACAUUUACCGCCAGAAUGUGCUGGACAUGGAGCUGCCCAAUGCAGAUUGUGUGCGUGCGAAUGUGCUGCAAUUGCCGGGCAGUAAGUGGGAUAAUGCCUUCGACACGGUGGUUAUGAAUCCGCCCUUUGGCACCAAACAUAAUGCUGGCAUGGAUAUGCGGUUUUUGGAUGUGGGCAUGCGUCUGGCCACAGGAGCUGUCUACUCGCUGCACAAAACGUCCACACGCACUUACAUCCAAAAGAAAUCCAAAGAGUGGGGCGCUCGGAGUAGCGUAAUUGCUGAAUUGCGUUAUAACAUCGAAGCCAGCUACAAGUUCCACAAGCAGAAGUCCAAGGAUAUUGAGGUUGACUUUUGGCGCUUUGAUGUCAGCGAACUGUGACACAGCUCAACACAGCAAGAAACAUUUAGUUAAGAUUACAAAUGAAAUGCAUUUUUUUUUGA